CAACAAACGCAGCGACGCCAUCCUUCUAAUUGACGCGCACCCCCACUGACUGAAAGGGUGACCUCUAUUUGUUUACCUCAGCCACAGAGACGAGAGCUGGGCCGAAGUUCACAAAAGUAAGAUGCCGUUGGCGUUUGUAGUGCCAGCCUGGGUCAAGCGUCUGCCGCUUUUCCCGCUACUCUUCACGUACGUGUUCGUGAGCAGCGCGGGACUGGUGUCUGUCCUGUUGGUGGUCCUCUCCUUCACUCUCUGGCCGCUCUCCAAGAAUGCCUACCGUCGCGUCAGCUCCCUCCUCGCCUACUCCAUCUUGGGACAGUUUGCGUGGAUAUGUCACGACUGGGCAGGCAUCAGCGUCCGUCUCUUUGGAGAGGAGGAGGUGUUUCAGAAAUUCGGGAAGGAGUUUUCCCUGGUGACCCUCAGUCACCGUGGCGACCUGGACUGGGUGGCCGGCUACCUCGUCGCUUCUCAGUUCAAUUUCAUACACACGAUACGGACGCUGCCCAAGAGGUCGGUACUCUAUGUUCCCGGGUUCGGUCAGAUCCUGUGGGCUCUCGAGUGCGUCUUCCUCUCUCGUAACUUCGCCAAAGACAAGCUCGCAAUCAAGAACAUCUCAGAGGUCUACAAGAACUACCCUUUCCCCAUCCAGGUCUGCAUAUUCUGUGAAGGUACAAGAUUCACACAGGCCAAGUACCUGGAUGGGGUACAGUUUGCCAAGGAAAAGGGUCUGCCGGUUUUAAAGCAUCAUCUGGUGCCCAGGACCAAGGGGUUUUCUGUGCUGGCCCACUACCUGAGGACAAAAGGAAAUUUCAAAGCUCUCUACGACAUAGGGUUUGCGUUUCCCGGUAUCACACAUACACCAAACUUCGCUGACCUUCUCUUUGGGAGACCCAUGACCGUCUUCCUAUAUGUUCGACGUAUGUCAAUGGAAGAGGUGCCAGACAGUCAGGAGGAACUGGGGCACUACUGCUACCAACUCUACCAGCACAAGGAUGAAGCCUACGACUACUGUAUGAAGAACGGGAGAUACCCGGGGAAGGAGUACAAGAAGCCAAUGUCGGAAGACGUGCUGUGGUCUCUGAGACUGACCCUGAUACUCUGGAUGACUGUCCUCGUUCUACUCCCUUGUGUCUUGAUCACCGUGUUCCUCUCCUGGGGCUAUCUCAUCUUCCUCCUCCUCAUCACCAUACUCUUCAACGGGACACUCACAGUGGCUCUGCUGAUGUACUCACACCAACCAAUGGGAACUCCUGCCUCACCAACAAAGAAGACCAAUUGAUCACGAUGUCAUCCCUAACGGUAUAAAUAGUAUCGACUCUAAAAAUAGCGACUUUGGUCCCUAAAUUUUUCUUCUUUCUUCAGUUCUUUUUUCAAUGUCUUUGUACAGAGUUUGCAAUGUAAUGUUCUAUAACUGAGAUCAUAAAACCUUGCAAUUAUGUACAAUUUUAAAGGUGAUCAUCAUAUAUAUAUAUGAGUUUAAUAAUAGAAUCGGAAAAUGUAUAUACAAUAUGCACAAUUACAGAUGUAUAAAAGAUGUGCGACUAUGGACGAAAAGACAAACAAAUAGAGAAAAAAUACAAACACUGUUCAAUAAAGCGGAGGGGAUGGAAUUGUUUAUUUCACGACAGAGUAAAAAAAUGGGAGGAGAGCCUAUUGUAUGUAGUGACAUAUAGAAAAUAGAUUGUCUAACACCCGCAGAUGAAAGUAAAGACGGAAAAGACGUGACUGACAAACGAGCAAUAUUUCACACAAAACCUUCAACUGCUAGUUUACGAUGCUAGCUAGUUCCCUAGCUUCUCUAUUAUUGCAACUCAUCACAUACAAAUAUAUUACACGACACGACACAACACAAAUUUCGAGACUAAUCGUGAUUGGAGUUGGGGCUGGAGGCAGCUGCAAUUCUCUUUAUGCGGUAUCUGCGCCCCACCUUUCCCUCGUUGACCACCUCUUCGCCUUCGCUUCGGUUGUGCUUCCGCUCGUGAGUGUUCCGACUGCCAGCCUGCGAGAAUGCCUUCCCGCACACCCUACACGUAUACGGCUUCUCGCCCGUGUGUGUGAGUUCGUGUUUCUUGAGGCUGGACAUCUCUGCGAAGCGUUUCGUGCAGCCUUCGAACUUGCAGGCGUACGGCCGCUCGCCCGUGUGUGUCCGUAUAUGGUUCUUUAGGUUCCCGGCGGUCGUGAAGGCUUUGCAGCAGUCGGUGUACGGGCACACGAAGGGCCGUUCGCCCGUGUGGACCCUGCGGUGGACGUUUAGGUGUUGAGGAGUGUAGAAUCUCUUCCCGCAGCCCGGAAACUCGCACUUGCACGGCCGGUACGAGAUGUGGAUCUGUUGGAUGUGAGAACGGAGGUGUGCGGGGAAGGAGAACGAGCGUUCGCAUCCCGGGUGGUCACACCUGUACGGCUUGUCCUUUUCCCGUUUAACCCCUUGUUGCUCGAGUAACUGGUCGUCGGCGGAGGUCGGCGUGAGCGAGCCUGCCUCUCCUCCACCUUCCAUCUUUGUGUGUAUUCCAUUCACUCCGGGGUUUCCCAAGUACAGCUCAGUUGGUGAGGGCACACCUACAGUUCUCAGUAUAGUCAUCUUACUGUCUAUAGAGGAGGAGGACGAAGGAGCCUGCAUGGGGCUCAUCGGCGAGCAUCCCACCGCCACGGAAGAAGUCAUGGAGGGAGAGAGUUGGGAGGAGGCUUUUGUCGAAUGGUCCAGAGAGGGAGGCGCGGUCACGAUGUGCGGGGAGGAGGUGAGAUGCAGCGAGGUGCCGGGGGGUGAAGAAGUGAUGACGGAGGAAGGGUAGGGGGAGAGGUGAGGGAUGAUUCUUGGGUGGGGAGGGGAGGAGACAGCCGUUUCUGCCUGCGCUCCCAGCGUCCCCACGUUUCUCGUGAGCGUACCAAAUGUCGGUAGAGUCAUUAGCGGGACGGCUCUAUUUAGAGUGCCGUGCGGAGCUGGUUGAAUCAUAUGAGCAGUAAUCGGGGAGUAAGUGGUGGCCAUUUUUAAUUCGGGUGUGGCUGCGUUGGACCCUGACACGCCGUCUCUGCCAGUCGUUACUAGGCGGAGCCCUCCCUCCAUCGUCCCGCUCUUUUCCUCCUUCUUUACCGCCGAGUCCUCGUCCUCCUCUCCCUCUGUCGCGGUCUCCUUUUCCUGUGAGCUUCUCUUUGUCAGGUUACACAGACUCGAUCCCGUCGAGAGGAAACUGCCAAACGUGAUGGAACCGUGGGGGUUAAUAAACGGAGUCGCCAGGUGCUGUUGGCUGGAGUAGACGUAGAGCGGUGUCGGGUGGUGCACGAGCGUGAAUAGACUGGGUUGUGAUGCAUUUGACAUGUCGGCAUUGGAGUUGGGAAGAAGACGAGUGAGGGAGGUGAGGGAGAGCUCUGGGAGACUUCCUCCGAGGGCAAAGUACUGGUUUCCCAGCGAAGGCAUCGUGGCAGCUUCUGCAUUCAGGCUUCUGUGAGCGAAGGAGGGAAAAGAGAAGUAGGAGAAGAGGGAGAGG